UCUCUCUCUCCCCCAAACCCCCAAAUUGAAAGGCACCCAUCUUCAGAAAAUUUACGCCCUUGUCCACUGAUAUAUCUCACGAAUCACGAUAACGCCAACAGCCACCAUGGAUUAGCGGCCUCGCUCUCUCUGGCUCUCUCCCAUGGCUCUUCUUUCUCCCUCUUCUCCCCUACUUUCCUCGCAAUUCACCGCAAACGCCAGAAGAAGUGCUGGUUUCUGUGCUCUUCCACUCUUAUUCCGACGCCCAUUACAUGGUAUCAGUACCCCUUCAUCUACCAGUAAGUACAGAGGGCUCUCCGUUUGUCUCGCUCUAGACCCUGCUUCUACGCAUCUUUCUGCAAUUCCCUGCUUCUCUCUAGCUGAAAAUGGGGGAUACUCCUUGGCUAGCUACUACACCUCUUUAGGCCUUUUCAUUAUCUCAGUUCCCGGUGUUUGGUCGCUCAUCAAACGCUCUGUCAAGUCUAAGAUUGUGCAGAAAACGUUUGUAAGAGAUGGUACCCAGGAGAAGAGCACGGCGCCGAAUCAGGUCGCCGGAGAAAUACUCUCGUUCUUCACUCGCAACAACUUCACUGUCUCAGAUAGAGGAGAGAUAGUAACGUUUGAAGGAAUGAUGGUCCCGAGCAGAGGGCAGGCUGCAUUGCUCACUUUCUGUACGUGCAUAAGUUUGGCCAGUGUUGCUCUCGUGCUGACCAUCACCGUCCCUGACGUGGGCAACGGAUGGUUCUGGCUUACUGCAUUGAGCCCAUUGGCAGGGGUGUACUAUUGGACACGAGCGUCUCGAAAGGAGGAGAUCAAGGUGAAGAUGAUCCUAGCAGAUGAUGGGAAGCUGUCGGAGAUAAUCGUUCAAGGAGAUGAUGAACAGAUUGAGAGGAUGAGGAAGGAGCUCAAUUUUAUGGAGAAAGGAAUGGUGUACGUAAAGGGUCUCUUUGAACGAUGACCAAUUUGUAGAGUUUUUAUUCCCUUGGUUCUUCUUCUAUUUGAAGGCGCCACAGGGCCUUCCUUUUUUGGAAGAAAUGUCUAUAGUCAUUAUGGCUC